GCUCUGGGAGAAUUUCGCUUCCCACCACAAAUCAUGUUUUAACCUCGUGGGUGCGGCGGCCCACAGAGUUUAAUCCCAAAGGAACGCCACCAAGGGUUUGGAGACCCAUUCGUUUGCUGGACUGUGGCUUCCACCUGGGAUUGGACGCAAUGUGCCCCCUGCUUCGCCAAACAAGCUGUGCCAAAUGGCGGGGAAUGCUUGCUUCCCGUCCUGUUUGCCGCUGCAGUAAGAUUUAGGUGCAGCAUUCGAGAGCCAACCCGAGAUAUUUUGUUCGAAAUGGGCUUCGAAUGGCCGGCCAAGGAAACGACUGAAAGAAGCGUGCGUCCUCCUAGGCUCGAGAAGUCUAUCCGCAGAGGUGAAUCCGUAAACAAAGGCCGUCGGCUUCACUGGAGCCGGCGAUCCAAUGUUGGGGGGGUUGCGGGUCCCAGCGCCGCCCUCAUCAUGAUUGCAUUUCAUACAUUUUUAGGUGCCACGACGGGAGGGCCACUCAAGCACUGCACCGUCUUCCUGCAGUUCAGGAUCCAACGGCGCAAACGGUUCCAUGUGCUCCAGUACAUAACAUACAGUGUGUUAGUGCUGGUAUGCGCCUGGGCCGUUGUGAGCGGCACGGCUCAAGAUCCCUCGUCCGGCAGCCAUGAGUGGCGCCAAGGCGAUGGAUUAUAUGCGCUGCACCGUGAGGUGUGACGGGCAGGUCUCCAAACGCGUCGGAGGAGGCAAUCUGACGAGUCUGGAUCUUGUCC